GUUGUCACGUUCAUUAUUCCGCUUGCAUUUUCGGGCAAAACAUCGAAGUCGCUCCUUGUCGCUUCCAUUUUGAGUUUUUGACAACCAUUUUGAGUUUUUGACAGUUUUUAUUUUGCUCAUGUACAUAUAUCUUUUUCUUAUCUGUAGCAUAUGUAGAAGAAGGUCACCUGUGGGUGCACACAAACUGCGAGGCAGCGAGGCAAUGGCAAGCCCGCGAGGCAUACGAGGCAUGCGACUGAUGCGAGGAAGGCUGCGAGGCAUGUGACUGAUGUGAGGCAAUCCCGGGAGUCCUGACGGGCCUAGUUUUCUACUGCCCUUGGGCCAUUGGUUUCCCUUGGUUUGAAUGCAUUUUCAAAUUACCCAGAAAUUCGUUUAUAAAACCUUAUCGAGUUUGUAUGAACGUAGCUAGUUUUUCAAUUGACAGAUGAACAACGCAAAAUAGUUAAUAUUCCAUAAUUUUUAGUGAAGCUUGUCACUUGUUGAGCUAUUGUCUAGGUUAAUGUUUACUUUUUGACGUUUUGACUGGAGUGCUGUAGUUAUUUAAAACUAUAAUGAAUAGACAGAACUGUUAUUAAAACUAGAAUGUCGUUCACAUUUGUCCGUUUGUCCAGCGUCAAGUUAAGUAUGUUCAAUAUGUUAAAUAUCGUCAAAUUUUGGAGUCAGUCAUUGUGUCUGCCUCCCACUGGCACAUCUGCCUGACUCGCACUUUUUUUCAUGCCUCGCACUUUUUUUCAUGCCUGGCACUUCUACCUCGCAUGCUUCGCACUUUUUUUCAUGCCUCGCAUUGUGCCUCGCAUCGUGCCUCGCAUGCCUCGCACUAUAGUAAAACUCGUCACCUGUUUGCGGUUAGUUUCGUAACAGGAGAGUCCAGAAAAAUGUCUAGCGUAAAGUGUAAACAUAUACAUGUUCCAACUUAUGUACUUUUAUUGUAUUGACCUAGCUUUAAUUCUAUUAGUUUACAUAUAUGCAGAGAAAGCAUUAAACAAAAAUGAGAAAUUAUAAGACUUCAAAAGCUUACAGACUGCAUACAUAUUAAAUAUACAUUCAGUAACAACACGCGAAUUGCUAUAAAUAUAGCAACGUUACAGUCUAGUAAUGAUAUGAUGAUUUGUUGUGCUUUUGUUGUAAGUAGGCCUAUCACUAAAAUAUAUUGGAAAUCCUUCUAAACGAUUCUUAAUAAAGUAUACAAAGCAUAGGCUAUACAUUGAUAUCGAAACACAAAAUUCAAAGUUUUGAACAAUUUGAGCUUCGUGACUCUGGUAUAGACGUAUGGGCCUAAUGAUUUAAUUGUGUUAUAUUCCACUGGAAAUCACCAAAAUGAGCUUUUUUAAAAGUCUCGCGUGAGGCUCCAAGGCAAUAACCCAAGCUAGUUUUUAUAUAUAACAUGUACUCAUGCUAUACCAUUCCGUGGAUGAAAUAUAAACAAAUUCACGAUUAUCGCACAUAGUAAAUUUCCCCUUCAAAUCCAGUGACAAAAUGCAAUUGUAAAAUUUGACUAAAAAUAGCCAAUUUCAACAACGUCUGUCAGGCCAGUUAAAGUCUCCUGGGCCAUUCUAUAUUGAUAAAAUUGUUCUUUAAUACUUGAAUUAUAGUCAUUAAACCAUCAAAACUAUCUACGCGCAGUUUUGCAUCUGUCGCGAAGUGAUGAAAUUGACCAUGGCAACGGCUUUGUCUGCGGCUAAUUAUAGCCUUCCGGAGACAAAUUCUUGAUUUCUGAUAUUUGUACGUUUAUCGACCAAAUAUUGAAUAUCUAACCCAAACACCAUUUAUAACUAGGUAUUACCUAAAUUUGAGCAAAAUAUGAAAUAAAUCUAUUUUUCAUCUAUUGCCACUGUUUGCUCGAUUUUUACGGACAGUCGCUCUUAAAUGCUUCGUGAUAAUGUAGAGAAUUGUGCUUAAUUGCCAUUUUUUUAAGUAAUCACAGUGGUACAUCCUCUUUUUUAUAUUACUUGUUAGCCAGGGCGCAUAUUCACUCCUGACUUUACGUAUUCUAGUCGGUGCAUGUUUUUCAAGUACCAUAUUAAAGAUAUUUUUCCAAGAUUCCCACAUUUCAUUUGGGUCUGAUGUAUCAAAAUCAAAAUUUUCAAAAUUAUAUUUUAAGUCUUCAUUGAAUUCAUGACUGUUAUAAUUUUUUAAACAAAGCGUAACGACCACUUUAUGUUUACUUUUAGGCACAAAUAGUUUUUGAUAAGUAUAUACCAGCCUAUGGUAACUUAUUCCAAUGUGCAUAACUCCAGAUUUUAAAUAAUUUUCAGGCUUGUUUGUUAUCACAACGUCAAUUAAAGUUUUGGAAGUCUCUGUCUUUCGAGUAGGUUCGUUAAUUAAAUGAUGCAAUGGACCUUUCCCCUUAUAACUAAAAUUUCGAUCUAGACAAAAAUUUCAUCACAGCUUGAAAGAGCAUCACAAAAUUAGUAAUAUUCCAUAGUUUUGUUGCAAAAUCUUGUAAAAUGCGGAUAAUAUAGCCUUGCGAAGUUUGCCGUUUUUCAGUCAUUUUGUAUUACAAACGGGAAAUUGACAUCCGAUUCGGGUGUUGGGGCUGCAAUUUCCAUUUGUAAUGCAAAAUGACUGAAAAUUGCAAACUUUGCAAGGCUCUAUUUUCCUCAUUUUACAACAUUUUGCAACAAAACUUUGGAAUAUUACUAAUUUUGUGAUGCUCUUUCAAGCUGUGAUGAAAUAUUUGUCUAAACUUGCCUAGAUCAAAAUUUUGGUUAUAAGGGGAAAGGUCUAUUGAUAUAAUUUAAUAUUUCUAAAAAAUUGUGUAACUGAAUGAUUUAAUAGAUCAUAAUUAAAGUCUCCCAAAAUCACAAUUUUUUUUCUUCAUUGUCCAAGUUUUUAAUAAGAUUUUCAAUUAAAUUUAAGACUUCAUGAUUUGAAUUUGGCGGACGAUAACAACUCACAAUUAGAAUUGGCUUGCUCUUAGGUUUCCGAACUUCAACACAUAACGCUUCUAGAGAAUCAGGCACAAGAUCAUUUCGGUUUUUAAUAUUUAUAUUAUCUCUAACGUAAAUAGCUACUCCACCGCCCAUUCUAUUUCUGUCCUUACGUAAAACGUAAUAACCAUUUAAGUCUAUUAAACCAUCGUUUAUUGUGUCAUCUAAUCUUGUUUCAUUUAUACUCAAGAUAUCUAGGGGCUGUUUAGUUAAUUGUAAUCUUAAUUCAUCAAUAUGUUUGGGAAGAGAGGCAAUAUUUAAAUGAGCCAUUACAAACCUUUUAAGUCGUUAAUAGUUGGGAAUCGAUUUUCACAUGUUAUUUUAUCAUUAUGGUUUUUUAAGAUCUGGCCAGAAUCGCAGCAUUAUUAUCAAAAAUACCUAAGAUGUUUGAUUACACUCAAAGCAAAUAAUGAUGUUUCUUUUUUUGUUCAAAUGGACACCAGACUGAUUUAAACAGUCAUUAUUUAUAUCGGAAUGUUCUUACUAUUAAUGAUGUAUUAUCAGAAGAACAAUUUGGUUUCAACAAUGUACUAAUCUGUUUAACUUUAUUAUAAAGUGUUUCGUCAUCAGUUCUUACUAUUAGUUCGGAUAUAGUUACCUUUGUACUAGGUGAAGUUUUUACUACAAAAUCUUUUAGCGCCAUGAUAUCUUUGACAACCGUCUUUGCGCUGCUGGUCUUUAUGUCAUUUGUUCCGACGUGAAGUAUAAUAUCGUUAGGCUUCUUUUCUAAAGUAGGCAUAGUAUAAUGCUUCAUAUCUUUACACUUCGCCCCGCUAAAUAAUUUUGACGUGACUCUAUCGUUAGUUGAGCGUCCUAAUUUAUGUGCUUGAAUAUAUUUUGUCAUGGAGUCACCACAGAUAUCCACUUUUCACUGAUUUUGGUUUAGUCUAUCUGUCAAAUCUUUCUAAUUUUCUUGCUGAUAUUGUUGUCGUGCCUCUUUCUCUGUUUUUUUGGACGCUCGCGUGGUUGAUUUCGACGUUUGCUUAGGUCUAUAAUGAGGAGUUUUAUCAUCAUCUUCACUCGUGCCAACAUCAAUUAAUGAUUGGCCGGCUUCUUCGUCGUAUUCCGAAGCUUGUUCUACUUCGAGGGGUGAAUACUAAUUUUAGCCUAGCAUGUCUGGAAUUUUACUUUGUUUACUGGCGGCAUUUGGAACGCGAGAGCGUGGAUAGUUAGUUUUUGUGCUGCCACGCGCAACACUUUGAUAUUCACAUAUAUUGGGAACUAAUAUGAUUUAUUGUUUUCAUGUCUAUCGGAGUGCAAUAGACGUAUUACGGUUAUUAAACUUGCUCUCUAGUCUUCUAAAGUCUUUAAUUUGUUAUUCAAAUGCAAUAUUUCUUGUUCUUGGUAAUCUAUUUUUGAUCGAAAUAAUUGGUUUUCUUGUUUUAAGUUCUCGUUUUCGCUUUCCAAACGCUCUACAUCUAAAGUACGAGCAUCACUAGAGUUAUUAUCUUUUUUGAUUUUUGAUUCUAUCUGCAGUUUGAAUGAAUCAAGGCAGUGUUUGUUAAAUUGCGAUUUCAAUGCAUUAAUUUCAGUCUUCAUCGCUUCUACUGUUUUAUAAAGGGAAGGGUCAACACUUGUGGUAUCUAACGCCUCACUUACUGAAACCUCUUGCUGGGAAGCUUCAGACAUAUCCUUGUCCACACUUUCUGUCGUGUCGGUAAUAUCUAAGACACUCGCCUUUAGCUUAAUUAAGACACUCGCCUAAGACACUCGCCUUUAGCUUCCAAUAACGACUUGUAUUCCUCUGCUUUCGGGCCAUUCAAGGAGGACGCGUUCCGUCAUCCUGGAGGACGCGUUCCAGACUCGUUCCGUAAAUCGUUCCGGACGCGUUCCUGAACGCGUUCCGAACUCGUCCCUGAACGAUUUCCGCGAGACAUUCCGAACGCGUUCUAGAAAGGUUUCCUGAUUCAGAACUAGUGAAUCGUAAUGAGUUCGACAAUACUCGGAAAUUAUCGCGAAUUUCCGAUUUAUAGCAUACCAUAUAACAUAGAAAAAUUUCUUGCGAAGAGAAUCAAACACAUUUUAGGCUACAAUGCGAAAGCUUUCCUUGUAUGCAAUAACUCCGCCUUGUAAAUAGCGUUGCUACAAUUUCGAUAUUCAAAAUUGCACAGAUGGCACCGUCUCUGUGAGACAAAUUUAGUUACAAAUGAUUUGCCACGGCGAGAUGAAAUUCACGACUAAAAUAUCUUCUUAAUAUCAUCUGUAGAAACGCAUGAAUGUUGUGUGCUGGAAGAGUUACUUCGGACGAAGCUCUAAGCUAGCUAUUAAUGCAAUUCAGCUAGACUAUAAAUCAAUCAACGCAUACAACGCUCCAGUCAUUUUCAAUAUUUUACACUUGAACUAUAUUUAUAAAGUGUGUCGCAAAUCUUGGCUGUGUCAAUAGUUUAAUAACAAAUAUGAUAAGACCAAACUUACCACGCAAAUUUUAAUUAGAAUAAACCAGUCAGCGAUGUCAUUCUUAUUAAUUAAACAAAUGUUCACCCGGUGCGAAAAAUAUAGUUUAUUGUUUUGAUCAUACUAACGCGUCAGGAAUUCUUGUAUAUUGGUAUUACAAUAAAUCUCGCGUAUAUACAAGUGCUAAAUCUAGAGCAAGGUUUACAAGAAAGAUUGCAUACCAUGUGAUUAUUGUAGAAAGUGUGUCUAUUCUAAAAAUUAACAUAUGAAUAUAUGUUUUUGAGGUAAGUAACGCAAACAAACACUCGGUGUGCAUAAAUUACCAGCAUGUCUUUGUUUGGUGUGAACUGAUUUCUGCCCACCUUCAGUAUUUGUGUUCGGUUUAAAGUCAACAAAUUCUCUGGCAAUAGGGAUUGGAAUUCAAUGCUUUUUGUAAACCUUGUCCAGAUUUAUCACUCAUAUAUACGCGAGAUUUAGUUAUAAUACGAAUAUACAAUACUAGAAUUUCUAACGAGAUAAUAUGAUCAAAACAAUAAAUCGUAUUUUUCGCCCUGGAUCAACAUUUGUUUAAUUAAUAAGGAUGAUAUCGCUGACUGGUUAUCCUUCUAGUCAAUAUUUGCAAGGUAAGCUUGGUCUUUUCAUAUUUGUUAUUAAACUAUUUUAAUACUGCCAAGAUUUGCGACACCCUUUAUAAAUAUUGUUCAAGUGUAAUUUAAUAUCGAAAAUGACAGGAGCGUUUUAUAUGCCAACGCAUAUAUUAUAGCAUACAUUAUAGUCCAGCUGAUCAGAACUUUGUCCGAAGAAAAACUCAUCCGGCAUACGAUAUUCAUGCCUUUCUAUAGAUGAUAUUUCGUCGUACAUUUUAUCUCGCCGUGGCAAAUCAUAUGUAGCCUAACUAAAUUUGUUUGACAGGGAUUGUGCCAUCUGUUCAAUUUUGAAUAUCGAAAUUGUAGCGACGCUGUUUAAUUAAUUACAAGGUAGCUAUGCUCACACAGGAAGAUAUCAUGUUAAAAACUCACUGAUGUAAUAUUACAUUUUAUGAAAUGAAACGCUUUUUUAUGCCAGUCAAAAGAAGCGUUACAUAAAUGACUCGCUAUUCACCAACUCGUAACUCGCGAGUGAAUUGCCACUCGCAAUUUCGCACACUCGUAACUUGAGAGUGACUAGCCAUUCACUGUGAUUGAUUCUUACUAUUUAUGACUAUGUCUAUGAUUUUCAAAAUUUUUGUUUUCACAAGCAAGUGCAGCCUAGCGUAUCUGUAGGUGUGAGCUUUGAAUUAAAUUUUAACAACAUCGCUACCCUAUGAACAGAACUGACUGCAUGAAUAUUGCAUGGUAUGAAUAUAACUUACUGUAGUUUAAAAGAUAACUGCAUGCUACUACCGCAUUAAACUUUGAAUUAGAUUUUCAACUUGUUAUUUUGCCAUGCUAGUUCAAGACCAAAUAUAUUUCCUUUCCUUGGCCGUUUGAAUUGGUCGGAUAAUGCGAGCUAGACGAAAUUGGGUUGAUUUUGUUGUCAUUUAUAGUAUUCGGAAUUUUCCGAAGAGACUCGAAGCUUCAAAGAGAAAUAACACGAGUUUCAGAACGCAUUCAAGAACGCGUUCUCGAAGGUGUUCCGCGAUUUUGGAUAUGGCGGGAGUUGGGGGAUAUUGGGGGCAAUUGAUUUUUUAUAUCAUUAAUUAUCUUCGUUUUCGGGACAGGUAUAACGUCGGCAUUCUUCCAAGGAUCUGGCAAGCGCUGCUCCACGAAACUACUGUUUAGGACCGAGGUGAUUGGGUGGGAAAGGAUGUAAGCAUAUUCUUUAAGGAGCCAAUUUGGGAUGCCAUCUGACCCCGUGACCUUGUUGGAGGAGAGCGUCUCAAUUCGUUCAGAACGUAGGAUUCGCUUAUAAACUCUGAUGGAUUUGGAUUUGGAUUUGGAUUUAUUAAAAUAAUUACAUCGCAGCUUUACAGCUGAAUUGCCUAAUUUACAAUUUGCUAAUUGGACAAGAAAAUUUGAUAUAUUACAUGAAUAAUUUACUAUUUUAAUAGUGAUUACAGUAAAAAGUUUAAAAGGUUAAUUUACUCUAAUAAUUGUAUGUGUAUUUUACUCUAACAAUUGUAUGACUAUUGUAAUAGUAAUUACGAUAAAAAGUUUAAAAGGCUAAUUUACACUAAUAAUUGUAUACGAACAUCCAAUAAAUAAACAUCAAGUUUCAUGCGCUACACAUAGAGAAGAUAAAGGAAUUCAUUGUUCUAUUAAUCAUGAUUUGUGGGGGGUUGAAGUUCCUUUGGUUUCUCAGGUUAUAAUUCGUGUUAUAUCUUGCUGGUAAUAAGCUAUUAAGUUUGUGAUCAGGAUUAAGAAUAAUAGACUUAAAAAGUUUGUCACAUAAAUAUUCAUGAUGAUCCUUCAUGGGCUUAAUAUCUAAUCCUUCCAAACCUGUUAGAUAGUUAACUUCCGGCAUAAUAAUUGAUAUAGCUCUUUUCUCGACACGCACUAACUCACGCUUCAGAUUUUGGGGGAGACAAUGGUAAAAGGCAGGAAUCGCGUAAUCCACAACUGACCUGACACACGACGUAUAGAACAGCGCUAAAUCUUGUGGUGGAACUCUCGCCCGUUUUAAUUGCACUAAAAAGUACAAUCUUUUAUUCACUUUCUUUAUAACCUCGUCCACAUAAGAAUUCCAAGUAAGGUUGUCCUUGACAGUGAGUCCUAGCAGCUUUACUGUUUUAACAACUUCCAAUUCUUUCCAUUAAUGGAUUCGCGAACGAUAUUCUCAAUUCGUUACACUUGUCUUGAUUUAAUUGUACUCUAUUAUUACGAGACCACGUAACCACUUGAUCAACUAUAUUUUGGGCAUCACUAGUACCCCCCUUACUGACAAUUUCGGACGCUGUCGUAUCGUCUACGUAUUUCCAGGUAUGUGCAUCAUCAAUGAUUAAAUCAUUUAUCAUAAGAGCAAACAGCCAGGCGCCCAGCUUAGUUCCCUGUGGUACUCCUGCAGGGACUGAUCCCCACUCCGAAAAACAAUCAUCAGCUAAUUUAACUCUUUGAAAUCUAUCGGUGAAAAAAUCAAUUAUCCAGUUUAUAACACUUGGAGGUAAUUCCAAUCUGCUUAGAUUAUCAAUCAGUAUACCGUGGUCGAUUAAGUCGAAUGCUUUACGAUAAUCAAACAGAAUUGUCCUAAUGGUUGAGCCAUUUCCAUCUGUUCCUAAAAAACAGAGAUGUAACAUAUUAAUUAGCGCGAUAGUAGUAGAUGAAUUCGGGAUUGUUCCGUACUGGUUUGUGUCGAUAACUUUUAAAAUGGCAGGCUUCACGUAAUCCUCAACCACAAACCCCUCCGAAACCUUGGAUACGCUAGGGGUUAACGAGAUUGGUCUUAAAUCUUUCUUUUGGUCCAUAACCGGCUUCUUCUUGGGCAGUGGUAAUACAUCUGCCAUCUUCCAGCAUUCAUACAAUUGCUGUUCACGAUAUGAAGUAUUAAUAAUAUUCAUAAUUCGGAGAGCAACAAUUCUGGAAUAAUCUCUUAAGAGCCAAUUUGGAAUGUUAUCAGGACCAGACGCUUUUCCAGGGUUGAGUGUUGCUAGGGCCUUCUCUACGCGCAUUUCUGUCACAGUUAGGACCUCCGUUGAUUCUUCCAAGUCGCGGCAUGGUGAUGGAACGACCAAUCUGUACUCCUCAAUGGGCUCCAAGAAAGCUGUAUUAAUGAUAUUUGCCUGUUCACGUUGUGGAAAGUUAGAGAACUCGUCUAUAUUUAUUUGACUGGACAGAUCGCUGUUCUUUUCUUUCAUACCAUUUAAACGUUUCGCUUCACUCCACCAUCUCUUAGGGUUCUCACCCUUAAGAUUUUGUAUGUUUGAUUCAUAAUACUUCCCUCUGCAUGCCUUUCUUUCACGGUUGACUAAAUUCCUGUAGUAUUUAAAAUCAAGGGAACCGUUUCCAUUCUUAUUAAACGCCUUUUGUCUUUUGGCAAUCAGGGUCUUUAAUUUCUUAUUCAUCCAUGGUGCAUCAACAGUGCUGACCUCCAUACGUUUUUCGUGCAUUAAUAAGUUAAGUCCAUUGUGUAUUACUUCAUGGAAAACCAACCACUUUUCCUCACUACUAUCCAAGGGAGCAAACAACUGUGACCAAUCAAAGAGGCUCAAAUAUCUUACCAUUUCAGCUUUACGACUUGCCCGAUAGUCCCGUCUUAUUAUUACUUUCUUAUUGUUGCCUUUUGGCGCUAUGACAUUAGGCUCUGCGACAAUAGUGUUAUGGUCAGACAGACCGAAAGGUGCAUAUGCUUUCGGUGCACAAAAGUACAUAUGCAUAUUUGUUAACGUGAGGUCUAAAAUAGCAUCUUUCCUCGUGUGUACUUUUACUAUUUGCUUAAGGCGAAAGUGAUUUAAUAAACGAUUAAUAUUUAGGCGGUUGAAAUCACCAGUAACUAAUAUACCACAGUUGGGGUAUGUGGAUUCGGCCAUUGUGAGUGAGUUGAACAGAUGGUCACAGAUCGAACUUGCAUUACCGCUGGGUGGGUGGUACACCAAUCCUGCAAUUAUACAUGAGAAACCCCGAGGUAAGCGGUCAGGUCGUAAGUAAAGCCACAAGAUCUCGUGAUUCUCACAGCAAUGUAUUUCGUCAAUUCGUCUGUAAUUACAUUUUUCAGUUCGAAUAUAAGCACAUACACCACCAUGAUCAUCAUUUUUCCUAUCUCUGCAAAAUACAGUGUAACCAGGAAUGUUAAUUAUGCUUUCUGCAAUUGACUCUUUUAACCAUGUCUCGGCAAUAAACGCAAAAUUAAUGUCUUUCCGAAUUAGGAAUUCUUGUACUUCGUCUAGUUUUGGAACUAAGGACCUCACAUUAGUCACCAUCACCUUAGGAACAUGAGAUGGAUUAUUUUGUGACAAGGCGUUAACACCUGUGUUAUGCAGAUUCUUAUUGGGAUAGAUUUUAAUGAGAUUAUUGUUAUUCGGAGUACGAUUUCGUUUAUGAAAUGGACGGUGGGAGGUAAUCUUACUAUGAUUACGUGAUGAGAUUAAGUUAUGAACAUUUCGCGUACGAUUACCCAUUGGGAUUCUGGUAUGGGGUUUGUGUAUAUGACGAUUGGGAAUUAUUUUAUUAGGUAUAUUAAAGGUGGCCUUGGCAUUAAUAGUAACGAUGUUCGAACUUAAAUUCUUGUCGAUUGACUUAAUUCUGUUUUCUGCGUUAAUUUGUUUACAAGGAUCAGGUAGUUUCCCCAGUCCGGCAGCCGAUUUGAUGAGCAAUUCUUCCGAAAAUUUUAAACUGCGUCGGUUAUAUGAGCACGCUCUAAACUAUUGCAUAGGCUCCAAAAAACUUCAUUCAUCUUGUUAGCAAUAACUCUUGGUGACAAGUCAGCGAAAUAGAGGAUGUUAAGUUGGAAAAUCAGAUCCUAAGAUCCGGACAAGAUGCUGAUACUUGAGAUUCGUUUAACUGCACACCACCACUGAAUAGGUUUGGCUUGCUUUAGUUGGCUGACUUUAGAGGUGAAGGAAGUUUACCCAGAAUUUUUCGCUCACGAUUGACUAAAUUUCGAAGCCUACGAAAGCGUUCGGUGUCACCGAAACUAAAGGCAUUCUGGCGUUGACAUACAAAUUUCUUAAUUUUUGGAGUAAUCCAUGGACGGCCGUUCACGUGGAAUUUUUCCUGCUGAAUUGGCAUAAUAUGGUUCAGACAGUUGUUAAUAAGGUUCGUCAUAAGCUCCAGCUUAUCUUCACAGUUGACAAGUGAGUCAAUGGUAGACCAAUUGAUUGCAUUAAGGUACCGACCAAGUUCAAGUUUCCUGCUGGUUCGUGUGUCCCGUUUAGUUAUUACUUUCCUACUUGGACCUUCCUGGAGAGACCUGACCUUAGGGUGCAAUAGGACAACAUUAUGGUCGGACAAGCCAAACUGCGGUAAGAUUUGCACACUAUUCAUUUCGUAUAUUUGAGGUAGAUUGGUCAAACCUAGAUCCAAAAUUCGAUCGGCUCUAGUCGGGGAACGAAUACGUUGUUUCAUUCUAAAUUGGCUGGAUAGUCGGCUAACAUUCAAACGGUUAAAAUCACCUGCACGGAAGAUACCGAAACCAGGAUAUUAAUUGGCCUUCGAUAGUGGUAAAAUUAGUUGACAAGUUGUCCAACAUUUCAUUACCGUUGGCGUUUGGAGGGUGGUAAUUGUUCCGAUAAUUACACAUGGGACCCCACGGGGAAGCCUUUUUGGCCUAAGCCACGCCGAUAAAACUUCUAUAUUAUUUAUUUGGAGGUGUACCAACGAUCUAAAUUUGAUGGAAUCCUUGAUGUAAAGACCAACACCGCCAUGGAUACCCCUCGUACGAUUCUUCGAGAUUAAAUUAUACUCAGGGAUAUAAAUAUGAUUGUCAUUGAUAGAGUCAUAUAGCCAUGUUUCUGUAAAACAAGCCACAUCAGGCUUCCAAUCUAAGAUACAACAACGAAUUUCAUCGAUCUUAGGGGUUAAAGACAUGGUGUUGGUAAGUAGUGAUUUUACUCCGAAUUCUUAGGUCAGGAACGAGCAGCAUCGUCAACACUACGUCCCCAGAAUCAGGUUGAUUGGACGACUGGGUAGCAAUUUUACAAGGAACGGAUAACAAUUUGUUAAAAUUGACAUGAGACUGCGAAGCAAUAUUUGAACUUUGGUCAGCAGAAGUUAUUCUGACAGGUAUAGGCUUUAUUCGGUGUUUAAGGGAGGUCAAGUAGACAUCAGGUCCGGCUUCCAUUAUAUUACAUACAUGUUUGUUGUGGUUUGGAGCGAGAGUAGGGUUUCCGACAUUUUUUCUUGUAACUGUAGGAGCGGGCUCGAAAAACCUGUGCUACUGAUCAGAUGGAUUAUGUUGUUGCUGUUGAUGGUGCAACGGCAUAUCACUAUUCAAGGUUUGAUAAGAAAACAUGCUCGUUUUUGAAAAGAUGACAAUGCAGUUAUAUAAGAGGCAUCAUAAAAAAGGAUUAGUGUAGUUGUCGGUGAUCGGCUGAAAACGACGUACCAAAAACCAACAUCGCCUCAAUCAGCUGGAGACUUUCCAAAUGAUGAUUUGGGAAAAUUUCGAAUUAGGUGGGAAAAAAUCCGGAAAGGCGUGGAGGGAGGCAUUCGAAAAAUUUGGUGUCGGCAGGAUCGGACGAAUUUCCGGACGAUGGGCAGUGCUGUCCUCGAAUCAGCAUUUUACACUACUAAUGUCCUAACAGAAAAAUACGUACGCAAAAUCGAGAAUAAACAAAGUUCUCGAUUUAUAAUUUUCCGUAAACUCUGGCAAUUUUUUCCAUUUCAGACAUUGAUGAAUGUUCUCAA